AUGGUCGAGUUACGCAAGAGACCCGCUCCACCCCCACCGCCACCGCCAGCGAAGAAGCGAGCUCCGGCCAAACCGAAGCCAAAGAAAGACGCGCCAAAGGCCGCUGAACCGGAGGAAGCUCCUGCUGCUGCUGCCGCGCCGGCUGAGACUACAACGACGGAGAAGCUUGCGAAAGCUGGCGCGCCGAAGGUUGGCGACUCGAUAACGCUCGAAGGCUUCGGCGGCGAGAUCGAAACCAACGAUGGCGACAAGACCACCCUCGCCAAGUUGGUGAGCGAGAGCAAAGCCGGCGUCGUCCUCUUCACCUAUCCCAAAGCUUCAACGCCAGGAUGCACUACCCAAGCCUGCCUGUUCCGCGACUCCUACGAGCCCCUCACCGCGACUGGUCUGAGCAUCUACGGUCUCAGCACGGAUAGUCCAAAAGCCAACACCACCUUCAAGACUAAGCAGAACCUGCCAUACCCUUUGCUAUGCGAUCCAUCUGCGACAUUGAUCGGCGCGAUUGGCCUCAAGAAAGCGCCAAAGGGUACCACUCGAGGUGUGUUCGUUGUUGAUAAGAGCGGAAAGGUCUUGGCUGCCGAGCCAGGAAGCCCUGCGCCUACUGUUGAGGUCGUGAAGAAGGUUGUCGCAUCGAUGGGUGGUGAUAGUGAGGCUAAAGGUGUCGAGAAAGCAGAGGAGCGUGCGGAUGCGGAGGAUGAUAAAGAGGCUGCCGAUACUGCUGCCGAGGUCGCGGAUACGGCCAAGAAGGUUGAUGGCGCUGCUUGA